UGACUGUCACUAUUAAACCAAACGACACGGGGUUCAAAGUUCAUCGACAGCUGUGAGACGACUUGUGCCACAACGCAACUGAAAACUCGGUGUUUAAUAGUUUCAGAAUGGAGAUCCCAGUAUUUCUUGUAGACGCCUUCACUAAUUUACCAUUUAAGGGAAAUGUCGCUGCAAUUUGUCUCCUGAUGCAUGAGCUGAGUGAUGAACUGUAUCAGAAGAUAGCAGCAGAGAUGAACCAGACAGAAACAGCUUUCCUCACCAGACUCAAUCCCUCUGACAAUUUCACUACAGGUUCCAGGUUUCGCCUUCGAUGGUUCACACCAAUCGUUGAAGUGAAUUUGUGUGGACAUGCCACUCUGGCCACGGCUGCAGUGUUGUUCCAGCAUCAAAAUAAUGUAAACAGUAAAUUGGUGUUUGAGAGCAGGAGUGGAGACCUGUGUGUCAUUCGGAAGGGAGAUGGUUACGUCAUGGACUUUCCCCUCAACCCACCCACCGAGCAGGAUCCAAAAGAGUUCAGCGACACCAUCACGGCUGUUGUAGGAAACCUCCCUGUUCAGGAAGUAUACCUGAGUUCAGAAACUAAGAAACUUCUGGUACGACUGGCUGACAGCUGUGACAGAUCAGAAUUAAGUAACCUGACGGUCGACCCUGCUGUUCUUAAGAGCUGUGAGAAGACUGGACGAAUAAGAGGAGUAAUCGUCACCGUGAAAGGAUCUCCAGACUCUCAGCCUGGAUACGACUUCUACUCCAGAUAUUUCGCUCCAUGGGCUGGAAUUCCUGAGGAUCCUGUCACUGGUUCUGCCCACACCGUCUCAGGGAGCUAUUGGUCUAAGAAACUUGGAAAAACAAGAAUGCUGGCGUACCAGUGCUCCUCUCGAGGUGGAGAGAUGGAAUUGGAAGUGAGAGAUGAUGGGAGAAUCAAUAUCGCCGGACAGACGGUCACUAUGAUGCAGGGAACUCUCAUCAUUUAAUGGAUAAAGAUGAAAAGUUG